UUAUCUGAAAUGCAACGAGUAGCCCCCAACACGGUGAAAGAAGCCAUGGCAAGGGUAGUGAUUCCGAAAUAAACAUCUCAGCCAAACAUUUGUCCAGAACAUAAUAACUUCUUCCAUAUCCCUCCAAAGUUUUAACAAUAGCGUUUGACCAUUAAAUAAACUGUGCCAACAUCCAAAUCUAUAGAAGAGAAGCGUUAUAAACAAAACAAAAACAAUAUCUCGGAAAAUAACAACAAUCGUACUAACAGCAGUUCUAAAAGUCGCGUUUCUGCAUUCGCCACCAUGUAAGUUGAAGAUGAUUCACUUUAUGGAUCAUAAAAUGGACUCAAACUUAAAAAAAUUAUUGGAGAUACUCAUUUAUUGUCAUCAAAUAUUCUUUAACAACUGUAUGUGUACACUUUAUUAUAUAGAUCCAAAUAGAAUCUAACUAGCAACCUCACCAGUGAUUCUUAAAGUCCUGGACAUAGAAAACCUAUUAAAAAGAAUUAAGAACUUUGGAAUCUUAACACUUAAAUACAAACUUGCUUAAUUGCUUAAAAAUAGUUUUCUAGAUUAGAAUUUCAUAAAGAACAUCUACAAAAAUAACAAAAAAAUAUUUAAUCAUAUAAAUAACAAUUCAUCUCUUUAAAUGAUUUUAGUGAUGUUUAAUAAUAAAUUAUCAAUAAUUUACUUGAAUUAUUCAACUCUAUUAGUAUUUAAGUUUUAUGUGAAUAAGAAGAAAAGUUUUAUGAAAUGAUUGAUUAAAUACGUAGAGAAAAAGAUCUAUGGUUAAAUAAUUAUAAAUAAAUUGAAUAAGAAAGAGAUAUUUUACUUGAAACAGUUAAAUAACUUAAAUCACCUAAAUAAAUAUUAAAUACCAAAAAUCCAUAAACUAAUAAUAUUGAUAGUAUGGAUACAAUUUAAUUAAGAGAAAUGUAAGAUGUUAUGUAAUAGAAAAUUUAAGAAAUGAGUGAAAAAGAAGCUAAAUUAAUUAAACUUGUUUUAGCAAUUAAAAAAAGUGGAGUUGAUAUUGAAAAAAUUUAUAAUGAAGAAGUUUUAAAUGAUGAUAGUAUUGCUGAAUAAACAGAAAAAUCUAUUGUUUUUAAACAUUAACCAUAUGAACGUAGUGUUCAUGAUGCUGAUAAUUCUGUUAUUAAUGAUUCUGAUGAAUCUAGUUUUUGUUUCCUAAAUAGAUUUGAUAAUGAAUCAAUUGUUGAAAGUGUUAGAAGAUUUGAAUAUAAAAAUGCCAACAAUCUCGAUACUAAAUCUAAUGUCAAAUUAAAACUAGAUUUAUCAAAUAUUUAAAAAAAAAAUACAUCAACUUAAGCAAAUUAGAAAUAAUAAAUUUAAAAAUAAUAAAUUCAAUAAUUGCAAUAAAAAUAAAUGCAAAAACUUAAACUUCCAGAACAUUCAGAUAAUGUUGGUUUUCAUUAAGAAUUUAUGUAAAAAUUAAAUGAAUUCUCUGAAAGUUGGAGAAUCUAAGCAUUAAAAGACGAAAAAAGAACUAAAUCUUGAA